AUGGAUACGCCAUCAAGCUCAACCCGAAACCCCUUGGGUUCGAACCCAUUUCCCGAUCUGAUGAACGACCCGGCUUUCGACGAGAGGGACAGAGGCGUGGAGGAUACAGAUACUUGCCGUAUAUGCCAUGGUGAAGCGACGGAGGAUGAGCCCUUGUUCUACCCGUGCAAAUGUAGUGGGAGCAUCAAAUUCGUCCAUCAGAGCUGCUUAGUCGAGUGGUUGGCACAUUCGCAAAAGAAACAUUGUGAACUGUGCAAGACGCACUUUCGCUUCACCAAGCUUUACGACCCUAACAUGCCGCAGAGCCUUCCGACGCCUUUGUUUUUGAGACAAGCCCUUGCUCAAUCUGGCCGGACUGUUCUUACUUGGCUUCGGUUUCUACUUGUGGCGUUUGUCUGGUUGGGAUGGCUACCCUGGUCGAUGCGCGCUAUCUGGCGAGCACUUUUCUGGCUUGCAGACGGUCGCUGGUCUUCACACGGAAAAACUACCCCCAAAGCCGGUCAAUUGGUAGAGAGCAAAAACGCUCUCACUGCGGGCGUUACUAGUACGAUUAGCCUGGUGGCUUCUACAGCCUCCAUGCCUGUGGUUGACGAUGCCAACAAAUCUCCUCCAGCUUCAUUUGUCGGUGUCCCUGGCAGUGAGCCUUUGAUGCUGACUCUGAUUAGAAAGAUGCUUCCCGGAUUCCUCUUUCCAGGCUUGUCGUCACCAAUGGGGGAGAAUGGCUCUAGCACAACUGGAUUGGGAAGCUCAUCGAAGUUACGCUAUCCCUCCUGGUUGUCGGAUGUGAAGUUUUUGAACACCCUCACACCCUACCCGACGAUCAAUAAUAUGAUCAUUGACACCCUAGAAGGCCAGCUCAUCACUCUUUUAGUGGUGAUUGCUUUCAUUCUCCUUUUCCUAAUACGGGAAUGGGUUGUACAGCAACAACCCAUGGCUAAUAUAGCGGAAGGAGAGCGUGAAGCUGCAUUGCAACUGAUUGCCAAUGCCAACAAUCGUGCCAAUGACCCAGCUCCUCACCCAGAAGCACAGGAAAUGCCGGCUGCCCCCGUCUUCCGUCCACUUCCUCGUCCGGCUCCCGCUAAUCAGAACCAAGGAGAAGAGUUCGCCGAUGAAAAUGACCCGCCUACCCCUCCAGGUUCUCCACCGUCCCCGUGGGCCGAUUUAAACAAUCCUGCUCCUCCCAACGAAAACCCUUUAGGACUACGGGCUUCAUUCCCAGAAGAUUUGGCCGAUACUUUAGCGCCCGUUUCUGGGAGCUCUGCGGCCCAGAAUAUGGAAACGCCUCCUCUUGCGAGUGUCGCUACUUUCAGAGACAUCCUUGCUCGCGCCAAUGGUGAUCGGGAUGAAAUGGAAAGGAUUAUUCACGAGCAUGGCCUCGAGGACGAACUUGAAUGGAUUAUGAAUGCAUUCGACUCAACACCGAAUGACCGAAAUAUGGAUACUCCACUCCAUCAGGCAGACGAACCCAAUAGUCCAGGUCUUCACGCAAGAGACACUUUCAACCCGGAUAUCAAUCUUGACCCUGGACCACAAUGGCCUACCCAACAAAAUGGCCAUCCACCGCACCGGGAAGUAAAUCAAGCUGAGCCUACUCCCGCUCCCCCAGCAAACACAGAUGAACAAGUGGAGCCUCAAGCUCCCAAGGGCAUUUCAGAACAGCUCUUAGAUUUUUUUUGGGGCGACAUCACUCUCAAUGAGAAUGACAACGCCGGUGAAGCAGCCUUGGAAGAUGAUGAGCACAUCGUCCAGGAUCCGGCUAUGGAAGAGCCUUUUGUGCCUGUCCUCAAUCGCCAAGACGACCAAGCAGCUGAUGGAGCUGAAGGCGGAGAGGGUGACGGUGGGGUUGACCCGAAUGACGUGGAUGCAAUCGAAGGCGAUGACUUUGAAGGAAUAAUGGACCUCAUUGGAAUGCAAGGGCCUAUCUUUGGCCUUCUGCAAAAUGGAGUCUUCUGUGCUCUUCUGAUUGCUUUUACUGUCGCUAUCGGCAUUUGGCUUCCCUACCUCUGGGGAAAGAUUGCACUGGUUCUACUGGCCAACCCCCUGGAGCUUAUUGUGGGUGUGCCUAUGACAGCUCUUACUGUCCUAGCUGAUAUUGCCCUCGACACCUUGGUAGGAGUCGUGGGUUAUAUCAUGUACUGGCUUACUUUCACCUGCAAAUUGUUGCUACGCCCAAUUGCAACCAUGGUUCCUGUGGCAGAUUGGAUCCCUCAAGGGAAAUCUGUCACAAAUGCCUCGUUAUCACUGAUCGAUGCAAGUACCAAUCGCUUGAACAAAGUUGUCAAAGCAUUCCUCCUAUUCCAUGAAUCAGACAUCCCCAUGUUCUCGGUUCUCUCUCAUCAGGCACUUCGGCUCCAUCAAGCCCGUCUUGGGUUCUUAUGCAAAUCUGCUUUCUCCGCGAUUAAAUUUGUUUUGCACGACUUCCCCUUGCGACUCGUGACACUUGGCAUUCCCGAUGCAUUGUUCUUUGACGUGGACUUCUCUCAAGUGCAGAACUAUACGGUCUAUGUUCAACAACAAAUCGGAAAUUUCACCAGAGCCCAGUUGUACUCCAGCCCGGGUGCGAAGUUGAUCAAUGCGGGCACCAGCAAGGCUUUGUCAGGGACUGCGUCAGUCGACUACGAUCUUGCAGUUUGGGAUUCCAAAGACCGCGCUAUUGCUAUUGCUAUGGGCUACCUCCUUACAACAAUCAUGGGAUUCCUCUACCUUCGAAUCACCGGAAUCCUCACUGGUGCCAAUCGUGGGCAGCGGAUCGAGGGAAUUGUUGCAGACGUACUUAUCCAAGCUGGCGGUGUCAUGAAAGUUAUUCUCAUCAUUGGCAUCGAGAUGAUCGUUUUCCCUCUUUACUGUGGUACACUUCUCGAUAUUGCCCUCCUCCCGCUCUUCUCCGACGCCACCGUCGUGUCCCGUCUCGAGUUUACAACGUCAUCCCCCCUGACCUCAUUGUUUGUGCAUUGGUUCAUUGGCACUUGCUAUAUGUUCCAUUUUGCUCUUUUCGUGUCCAUGUGCCGAAAAAUCUUGCGAGGAGGUGUCCUGUACUUCAUUCGAGACCCUGAUGAUCCGACCUUCCACCCCAUCCGCGAUGUCUUAGAGCGCAGCAUCACAACCCAGCUCCGCAAGAUUGGCUUCAGCGCGCUUGUUUAUGGUGCCUUGGUGAUUGUGUGUCUCGGAGGCGUUGUCUGGGGCCUCCAUUAUGCGUUUGAUGGAGUUCUCCCUAUCCAUUGGUCUGCUCGCGCUCCGAUGUUGGAGUUCCCGGUGGACCUCCUAUUUUACAACUUCAUUAUGCCUGUGCUUAUCAAUUCCGUUAAACCAUCGGACGGAUUACAUAGCCUCUACGACUGGUGGUUCCAUAAAUGUGCUCACUUCCUACGCCUCAGUAAUUUCUUCUUCCCAGACAGACACCGCGAGGAAGAAGGUCGCCAUGUUCGGCGAACAUGGCGGGCCUUGUUUCUAGGAGCAAAGGGCGAUUGGGAGCAUCCUGUGAUCGGAGACGACCAGCGGGCUGCCGCUGAGAAGGAGGACCGAGACGUUUAUUUCCUGCGAGAUGGUCGAUAUGUGCGGGCGCCUGCCUCGGACCAAGUUCGAAUCCCAAAGGGCACUCAAGUCUUUCUGGAUGUCACGGAAAACAACGAACGCCUAGACGGGAAAUUCGACGCCCCAGAUGGAUUGCAUGGACGGAACAACAAGAUGUUCACCAUGGUGUAUAUCCCGCCUAAUUUCCGGCUCCGAAUUGCUGCAUUCAUUCUUCUCAUUUGGCUUUUCGCUGCAGCCACCGGAGUAGGCAUCACCGUUAUUCCCCUAAUAAUUGGCCGCAGGAUAAUCUCCGCCUGCUUCUCGAGCCCCGUUCCGGUCAAUGAUAUCUAUGCCUUCUCCAGCGGUCUAUGUGUGGCUGGCGCUGCCUGGUGUUUGGUUCACUACUGUCGGAUUGCAUACUUGGCGGUGAGAGAGGACCCGUCGACGUACAUGCAGUCCCCACAGCAAUUUAUCAGAGUGUGUGUCAACACUGCCCUCGAUGUUGCUCGGCUAGGCUACAUCUCUGCGGCUCUGGUGGUUCUUCUUCCGAUAUUCUUUGGACUCCUUGCAGAACUAUAUGUUCUCAUUCCAAUACACACUUUCCUGGGAGCCGGAGAAAGCCAUGUCGUACACAUUGUCCAGGACUGGACACUAGGGGUGUUGUACAUUCAAAUGGCAAUCAAGUUGAUCCUGUGGAACCGCCAAUCAUGGGCUGCUGCUGUAUUGAACGGAAUUUUCCGUGACGGCUGGCUCCACCCUAACGCGAGCGUGGCCACCAGGGCUUUGGUCAUUCCGGCGUCGAUUUUCACUGCCUUGGCUGUGGCUUUGCCGUUGCUCCUAGGUAGUAUUCUUCGGUGGACUGUAUUCUACUCACAUGUCGAGCUGCAGCCUUACGUGUACCGCUAUAGCUUCCCAGCGAUGUUGUCUGUCGUCUUGGGUGCCUGGGCCGUCAAUCUGUUGUUGAGACGUAUUGCGGCGUGGCGUGUCCAUGUUCGUGAUGAUGUCUAUCUUAUCGGCGAGCGCCUCCACAAUUUUAGCGAGAAGCGAGCUCGAGAUGUGGGUGUGUCACGACGCGUGAUCACUCAGUGA